UUUGAGAAAAGUAAUAUGCUGUUGCGGUUAUGCCGUACAUAUGGCCUCUUAGCUUAAUUGUGGAUGUGAUAAAUAGCAAGUGGGAUGAGUAUCUGCUUUGGUUGUUUCUACCGAUCAUCAUUGUUUUUGUUGUGCCGAUAUUCUUGGUAGUGUUCAUCUACGGAUGCGUCAUAUUUCUACACAUCUAUGGACUGCGACAUCAGAUUCGCGAAGCUUAUCAUACUAGUUAUUGGAAUGGUGCACGUGUAGCCAUCACAUCAUUCUGGGAUGCGGUUGGACAUGUUUGGCAUGGCUACGAACUACACGGCAUCGAAAAUGUGCCAGACCAAGGGCCUGCCCUCUUUAUCUAUUAUCACGGGUGUCUACCGUUAGAUGUAUACUAUGUCAUCGCUAAACUCGUACUUUACAAAAAUCGCUCACUUCACUGCGUUGGUGACAAGUUCAUAUUCAAAAUUCCAGGAUGGAGUGCAAUCUGCAAAGUCUUUUCAAUUACGGCUGGAACUGUUGAAGAAUGUACAAAUCAACUAAGGGAGGGUAAUCUGUUGUGCAUAGCUCCUGGAGGUGUCCGUGAGGCUCUAUUCUCUGAUCCGAACGUCUAUGAUAUGUUGUGGGGCAAACGUUUAGGGUUUGCACGAGUAGUGAUCAAUGCAAGAACUCCUGUCAUACCGAUGUUUACGGAAAAUUGUCGUGAAUCGUUCCGUACACCCGUAUGGGGUCGAAGUUUCUUCCGAUGGGUCUACGAGAAGACAAAAAUGCCGCUGUGUCCCAUUUAUGGAGGCUUUCCUGUGAAAAUGAUCACACAUCUUGGCAAACCCAUGGUCUUUGAUUACGAUAUCAUCACGCCUGAAGAAGUACGUAAACAAAUAAAGAAGGAAGUACGAAGUUUAAUACGGCAGCAUCAGCGACUUCCUGGUAGCAUAAUUCGAGGUAUAGCGCAACGAUUCAAGUCUAACAGACGACGAGAAGUGCAACCAGAACAAAUAGAGCUGCUGAACCGGAAUGGCCAGUCGAACGGCACCACAACCCAGGAUCAGGAAGAGAAUCAGGCCGUUACGAGUGAUGGAAAAUGUCGUGAGAUAGCUGAAACAAGCCUUGGACGACGUAUGGACAACUAUUUCAUCACGGUUGUAGGUGAAGAUGAAGGUGUUUAUGAGAGCGAGGAUUUCCAACUUUUGCAAUAUAUAACCACUGAAAAUAGAAAGAAGAAGAAAAUUCUUUUCGCAAGAAGUGCGGCUGGCAUGGGCGCGAUCAUGUUUGAUUAUGAUGACAAUUUACUCGAAAUUCCGAAGAACAAGAAAGAAUGCCGUCCUACACUUGCAAGUCUGCUUGGUGCUAGAAAUACGACUACAAACAAGAGAAACAUUACAUUUAUUUGCGAUAAGAAAACAGAUACUUCAUCGUAA